AUGGAGUUCCCAAUACCACCUGAAGUACGGACGGCGGCACCUCGCGAGCCUCAGCCUCAGAGGGAACUUCGGAGGAACUUCCGCUCUCUAUUAAAUCCGCUGCUGAUUCUUGUGAUUUUGACACUAAUCACAAGCUUCACCUGCACAGUGGCAAGGCUCGCCCUUGUUGUAAAGUUGAAUGCGUACUGGAAUGAGGGAGUACCAACUUUAUGCUAUGGAGUAGUCGCUGUACUACCCUACGGAACGCUUGACACCGAGACAGCUUUCAUGUUCGAAGCGAUCUCUAAUGCUAUUGCGGUACAGACUUAUGACAACAACUCUAUGGGCCUCGAUGCGGUAGCAAUCUAUGAGGGUAGCCGUACAGGGAGGGCCAAUAUCUUAGCACUGUCUGCGGUCAUUCUAACGUGCGCUCUCGUCAAUUUUAUCCUGACCUUGUGUGUUCUGCAGAGCAGAAUCAACCGUCAGAAAUUUCGAGGAGAUAAUUUGGAGAUACCAGAUGCCAUUUUCAAAAUGCAAGCGGCGACAUCUUCCACAGGACGGAUUCCCAACAUGGUCAUGAUGUUCAAUCCAGAGAAUCCCUAG